AUGAUUGUGAUUAACACCUCUGAUGUCAAAGAAGUCUCGAAACGCAUUGUCAAUAUAAAAAUGAUAUUUAUAGCCCAGGCUGAGACUUCAGAAUAUAAACGUUCGGGAUUCGCUCAGCUGACCACACUUACUUUCAGAUUGCCUUUCAAAAUGAUGAAAAUUACACUUUUCACUUUGGCUGCUAUCGCUCUUGUAGCUGCAUUGCCUCAAGACCAGCCGCAGGCGCAACCUGUCCAAAUAGUGAAGCAAGAUUCUGAAGUAAACAUCAAUGGAUACAAUUUUGAAUAUGAGACAAGCGAUGGCACCUCGAGACAAGAGCAAGGUGAAUAUAAGAACGAUACUGAGCAACAAGGACUAUCUGUUAAAGGGAGCUAUAAAUACAUUGCACCUGAUGGUCAACACAUUUCAGUGACUUUUCUAGCCGACAAAAAUGGUUACCAACCCUCCGAGACCACUGGUGAAGAUAAACCAGCGCAACCC